CUUAGUACCUACCUAAUUAUAUUUAACGGAUAGGGUUGUGCUGUGUAACAAACACUUAAACCAAUAAAAGAGAGCUUUAAUUCUAUCAUAUCUCACCUUCUCGAUAGCUCUGGUCUGCUGUUAACCAACUUGGAGUGGGGAAGCUGCGCCUCGUCCCGGCCUUGAAUAAGGCUCCAGGCUCCAGGCUCCAGGCUCCAGGCUCCCUCACCUCACCUCACCUCACAACAACCUACGUAGUAUAGUUAAUUCUCUUAUGUUGCAACCGAGCGAGCUGCUCAACUACUCAAUAUACGCCGUCAUUGUAGCAGCUUUGCAAUAAUGGCGAAAUAUAGUUACACCCGGCGAGGCUCCAUCCUCACCCCGAGCGAUCGGAGCGAAUCCCCACCGCCAGCUUACUCGUACUAUCCGGCAGGAUCCAGCUCUUCGAGCCGCCGUCUGCCCUCGGAACAGACCCCGUUGCUUCAGACUAAGAUUCAGUUAAGACAAGUCCAUAUCGACAUCCCAAGACCGUCAUACACGCGCAUCGGAGAGUGGUUCAUAGUAGUGAUCCUGCUUUUCCUCACCCUUGCUACGUUUAUCUAUUUCAUCCCGACCCUCAUCGGUCUCAUCAAGAGCAUAUUCGUAGUUCCACCCCCUCCUAUUUAUGCCAUUGCUAUUAUCGGGGCUGGACCAGCUGGCAUAUCUGCGGCCCAGCACUUAUACCACAAGGCCAAGGCUCGGGGCAUCUACGUCAACAUCACUAUAUUCGAGUCCGCCCCCUUAAUCGGAGGCCAACUAGCUCUGAACAGUUCUACCGGCAGUCAAGUCUUCCCUUACGAUGAUCCCACGCAGGACCCCAUCAUUGCCGAAGACAUCGCCGGAACCGGCUUAUUAUGGGGUAACCCGCUGUUUUCGAGGGCAUCGGAGAAGACUCUUGGAGACGAGGUUCAGACAUCCGAGGCGGGCAGUCAACGGGUCAGCUACUUCAACGGCAACCGCGUCAUCGCGCAGACCACCCGUCCCUACAGCAAAACACCAUUCUUCGACUGGGCGGGGUUAAUAUUCCAAUACGGUAGCUCCGUCUGGUCCGCCGGCGCCAUGGCCAAGCAAGGCGCCGAACUAGAAGACCGCCUCGUAGACGCACCCCUAGUGCCGGACCUCGCGCAACUCUUGAUCUCCCUAGGCAUAUACGACUACGUGAAGAAGUCCACGGGAAACGAACUCAACGACCGCGGCAUCGGCGGCGGCUACGUACCCGAAGUCCUAGCCCCGGAAGUCGGCCGCAUAUACUCGCAGGACGUGGGAGACAUCAGUGCCCUGGCACUGAUGCUCGCUUCGGGCAUAGAAGACACCGCAAACGCGUAUGUGGGCGGCGAACUCCUCGACAGGCUGGAGAUGAUCGUCAGUGCGAUCGGUGCGAACGUCCGAGAGUCGACGGAAGUCCGCGGCGUCAAGUACGCGCAGAUCGACGAGGACGAGUCCGCUUGGCUUGUGCAAUAUACCACCCCGGCAGGCCGUCUGCAAGCCGAAUCAUUCGACAAAGUCAUCAUUGCCGCCCCAAAAUUCGACUUGUACCGCGCUGCUUCCGCAGAAGACGUCGAGGCCGCUUCGAUCCUGGCAUAUCACACUGUGUAUAUUGCGUUCUUCACGGUGCCGAGACGAAUCGAUGCCUACGGCGACGUGAACCAAGUCCUGUUCCUCGAGAACGCCCUUGGAGGUAUCAGGGAACUAUCGUUCGUGAGAGACGUCGUCCGAAUUGAAGAUGACGGCAGUAGCACCGUUGAAUAUCUGUACCGUGCUCUGGCGGACAGCGAUGCCGUAGAGCCGCUGGAACAACUAAACCGGGGGAUCACCUGGUUCUAUCAGGAGAAGCUUGAAAACGCCUACCCCUAUAUGCACCCAUCUAGCCGAUUCCCGUCACUUAAGCUAUCCGACAAAGGCCUAUGGUGGACGUCGGCCAUCCACACGAUCGCGAGCACAGUAGACACGAGUUGUCUAGCUGGAAAAAUAGCUGCGGAACAACUUGUUAAUGAGUUGAAGAUAAGUAAGACAAGGAGAUAGGAGUUGAUGAUGUUCCAAACAUCCAAAUGCUGGAUAAUUAACCAUGAACUACAUAGUCAUCAAAUCACCACAAAGUAUGUAUGUUUUACGAAAUGAGAAAUGAGAU